AUGAAGCCAGCCGUCGAAGCCACGGCGGCGGCGAACGGCGCCGCCAAACCGCAGUUCCACAACCCGACGCGCCUCGCGUACCGCCCGCAGCCGCCCUCGCGGCGGCGCCACCGCCGCGGCUGCUGCCGCUCCUGCUGCCUCUGGACGACCACCGCGGUCCUCCUCGUCCUCCUCCUCGCCGCCGCCGUCGGCGCGGCGUUCUACGCGCUGUACCGCCCCCGACGCCCGUCGUUCUCGGUCGGAUCCCUCCGCCUCUCCAGGUUCAAUCUCACCGGCACGAUGCUCACCACCGCCUUCAAUUUCUCGCUCACCGCCAGCAACCCGAACAAGAAGAUCGACUUCUACUACGAUCAGAUCUCCGUUAGGCUCUACUCCGGAGACGUGGACAUCGGCGACGGAGCGUUUCCCGGCUUCGCUCACGGCAGGAAAAACACGACGACGUUGAGGACGCUGAUUUCGAGCUCGAGCGAUCCGAUUCCUGCCGGCACAGACUUGUCACAGCUGAGAUCGAGCUUGAGGAGCGGCGAUCUGCCGGUGAAGAUACAGCUGGACACGAAGGUGAAGGUGAAAGCCGGCAAAAUGGAGUCGAAGAAGCUUGGGAUUAGGGUCACCUGCGAUGGAAUCAGGGUUUCAACCCCAAGGGGCAAAACGGCGUCGUUAGCCACGACCUCAAACGUGAAGUGCGAAGUCGAUCCACGUGUGAAGAUCAUCAGAUGGACGGUCUGA